ACAAUGCAAUUUGUCUUUGUUAUUAUUCAUACGAACGUAUAAACAUUUGUAUGUGCUUUCCGUGUUUAAUUGGAUUUAGUCAGUUGAAGUAUUGUGUAUUAAAUAAAAUUAUGAAGUUCCAAUACAAAGAAGAUAAUGUGUUCGAGAAAAGAAAAUCGGAAGGCGAGAAGAUCAGAAAGAAGUACCCUGAUAGAGUUCCUGUAAUAGUGGAGAAAGCUCCAAAAUCUCGAGUUGGCGAACUUGACAAAAAGAAGUAUUUGGUUCCAUCUGAUUUGACAGUUGGUCAGUUUUAUUUCCUCAUUAGAAAACGAGUACAUUUACGUCCGGAAGAUGCUCUUUUCUUUUUUGUCAAUAAUGUCAUUCCACCUACAAGUGCUACAAUGGGAUCUUUAUAUAAUGAUCAUCGUGAAGAGGAUUUCUUUUUGUAUAUUGCUUACAGCGAUGAAAAUGUCUAUGGUUAAUUAAUUGAAUUCAUAAAAAAAGGAAAAAUUGAUUAUUUAAAAAAAUUGUUGGUUUAUUCAAAUGUGUUUCAUUAUAUAAAUUAUAAACAUUAUGUUCAUUGUAUUAUGUAUAAAAAAAUAUUUAAAAAUAUAAUACACACAUAUUGUUAUAUUAUCUAUUUGCUCUAAUUUGUCUUGAAAUAUUAACUAUCUAAUAUAUUUGUAAUUAUGAAUAUUA